UGUAGACUGAGGUCCACUCAAGCUGUCAACCAAAAGGAGUGAUGUUGAAGCACGCAAUCUAUAUAUAUCCCCUCCAGGCUUUAUCCUAUAAAAAAAAACCCCAUCUGAAGUCACAAAAGAGUGAGCGAGCAGCCAGCGCUCUCUGUUGAAAAAAAAAAUUUGAAGACAAUGAGAUCCAAGUGUUUGGUUGCAGUUGUCGUGUUGAGUGCAUUAGCUAGCGCCGGAGCUCAAAGUCUAGAGCUCGGUUUUUACGACAAGAGCUGCCCAAAGGCAGAGAAGCUCAUCUCGGACUUUGUUAAGGAGCACAUCCCAAACGCUCCCUCCCUGGCCUCUCCGCUCCUCAGAAUGAACUUUCACGAUUGCUUUGUGAGGGGCUGCGACGCCUCGGUCUUGAUCAACUCAUCCACGGGCGCAAACCAGACCGAGAAGGCCGGUGUACCGAACAGAACCCUUCGCGGGUUCGACUUCAUCGACCGCGUGAAAGCGCUCGUGGAAGCGGAAUGCCCCGGCGUCGUCUCCUGUGCGGAUAUCAUAGCUCUCACCGCCAGAGAUGCGGUUGGUGUCAUAGGAGGACCCUUCUGGAACGUUCCUACCGGCCGAAGAGACGGCUUGAUUUCCCUUGCUUCAGAGGCUAACUCACAGAUCCCUGCCCCUUCGUUCAACUUCAGCUCUCUCCAGACGUCUUUUGCUAACAAGGGACUGAACAUAACUGAUCUAGUUUUCCUAAGCGGAGCGCACACGAUAGGAGUUGCGCACUGCUCGUCCUUCAGCAACCGGCUCUACAAUUUCACCGGGAAAGGCGGCGAGGACCCUUCGAUGGAUAGCUCCUACGUCGCAAACCUGAAGAAGAACAAGUGCAGGUCCCCGAAUGAUAAUACAACCAUAGUCGAAAUGGACCCGGGGAGCUUCAGGACAUUCGAUUUAGGAUACUACAGGGAGGUGCUCAAAAGGAGGGGCCUGUUUCAGUCGGAUGCAGCCCUGAUAACCGACUCGGCGACGAAAACUCUGAUUAUGGACCUGGUUAGUAGUCCUGAGGAGAAAUUUUUACGGGGGUUUUCUUCGGCUAUGGAGAAGAUGGGCAGAGUUCAAGUGAAGACCGGGUCACAAGGUGAGAUCAGAAGGAAUUGCGCUGUUGUGAAUAGUUAGAUGAGAUGAGUUGUUCUGUUGAAUUUGUGUUUGAAUUGUUUUAAUCGUGUGUUUGAUAUCCAUGGCUAUUGGUUUUUCUUCGUACGUGGUUGUAUGUGUUGGAAGGGGUGAUUGCAAAUUGAAGGGUCAUUGUAUUCGUUUUGAAUUGGUAUUAUUAAGCCUUUGAUUGCGGAGCAUAUCAUGGAGAUGCAUGAGGGCUUUAUUAUAAUAAUUUGUGAGAUUUGUUUGGA